AGAAACACGACAUCAAAUAGCAUGUUACUUGAUCGAUAACGCAAACCUUCGAACAUGUGGCAGUGCAUGCAUGCGAGGUCACUCGAUGACUUCAUUUAACGAGAGGCUAUGUCGCCAAGUUUCAGCCUGGUCGUCAGCCCGUCUAUGUUCAGCUAUGAAUAUAAGCAGCCACGACAACCUAGCAGCUCCACCAUCCGUAACAUCUGUCGCGAGAUUAGCUUCUGUACUAGCUUUUACCGUUUCUCGCGAUAUCGGAUGAGAGUAUCAUCGCCCUAAUCUCACGGUUCAUCGACGAUAGUCUGACUGACGAUCAUGUUGUUAUUGCCAGAUCCCGGCAACCCAUUUUCAGGGUAUCUUGGGGAAUGGCCGGAAGCAGUUGGAGCAGAUAUCACGGCACCUGAAGAAGACGAAUCCAUCUUCGCCCACUCGUGGCUACCCACUUCCAGGAGCAAGCGAAUGGGUGGGUUCUCGAAGCACCUUGACAUACCCAUAUCGCGCCCACUAAACAACGACGAAUCUUGGGUAGCCUACAGCUUCGAGAUGCACGCGGAAGAGUGUGUUUACUGCAAAAACCCAUACAAAGUUCACCGUCGCCAUAGCAAGCUUUGUGACCAUGGCUUUAGUUUAGCUCGAGAUGUUGCGAGGCUCAUGUACAACACAUCAGACGGCGAGACGUAUAGUACGAUUGAGAGUGAAUCCGGGAAGGGGAAGAAAGAGUUGGUUCGGAUCGAGCUUCCAACCGCAUUGGUCGAAAUCAGGGGACUUUUGAAAGCUGUUGAACGCAGCUCGCGUCGCCGAGACCGGAUGCCAUUUGUCUCGACGGAUAAGCAGUACUAUGUGGUUUCUCGAGCCCCUCAAACGUCACGACCAGUACGCCAAAUUGUGAGUUCAUCGUUGGACUCUGAAUCCUCCACAUUCGAUAUUCUCCCUGAACGCAACGCCAAACAAGAGUCCCUGCACGAGGGUGACUACACAAAGCAACAUGGCACGAGAGGACAAAACGAAGCCGAAGCUCAGAACCAACCUCAUCGUGGAUUGGAAGAAAGUCGCUUCGGAAUUCCUAAUUUCCCUGAUCUUGACCAAUAUCUUGAGCAUGAUCUUGAAUUUUCUGGGACGAAUACUGAAGAGAACGACAACAUAUCUGUAGUUUGUUCGGACAAUGGCUCUAUCUUUUCAGUCGAAUCUCAGGCUUCAUCGGCAACUGACCUUUCAAAAGUCGAUGCGAAUAUAGAGACACAGAUAGCAUUUGCUGUCCGAAAGCUGCUUGCUCCGUUCCAGAAUAACCAAAUGUUUUCGCCGCCGAUCCAUUUUAAGCAUGAUCCUCUUCUGACCUCUUUCGCAACAUUUUCCAAUCAGUUGGAAGAAGUUGGUUUUGCACAACUUGACUUUUCAUCAUUCGGAGAGGUUAAGCUUGUGACAUUUUUCUGUGCAAAUCCAACUCUCGACACCUCCUUAUUCUUCAAGCGAGCGUUCAAACACAAGUCCUUUGUGGAACUCCUCAAGCACUUUCUAGAAAUACACCGAUCAAAGAGGGCGACCCUAGGGGGAUUCCAAGGAAGACAUGGCCAGAAAACGAUAAAUGAAAUAGUCAGCGAUUGGCAAGCAAACCAGCGAAAACAUAGUACUAUGAACGCCGAUAUAUACAACACUUCUCGUGUCUUCACCCCAAAAGAACUCGAGUUCCGAAAGGAGGAGACAGAUCAGGUCGGUGAGGAGAGAUUAGUUGAGCUCCACGAGGAAGAAGUAACGCAAAACCGAGACGAAAACAAUAUGCCACGGAUUGGUGGAAGUCGAGCACCCUUACAAGGAGGCGCUCUCUUCCAGAGUCUCUUUGCAGACAGCCAGUACUUGACAUUACGCGCGUCAAUCCGGAACAUCAUCCAGUCAGUUCCUAAAAGAUCGAUACAUAUAUCUUUAUCAAAUGAUGUGUCCCUGACAAACACGGCGAAAGGAUUUCUAGAAGACUAUACAGGACAAGAAUGGGAUUGGUGGCCUCUGACGUCGCGGUUAGAUGAUUUGCAGCCUGGAGACAGACGUCUUGAGUGGCAGUUUUGCGGACAAACUCUUUUCGAAACGAUCUCAGCCGAGGAAGCCAAAAUCGUUCAAGAUGUGCUGGAGACAACGCCCAAUCAUCCUGCAGAAUGUUAUUGCUGUGAAGACCAUGAACAUCAGAUUACCUGGACUGCCAUUUUUGAUUGCAUGAACACGUAUCUGUCCGGUUUAUUGCAAAAUCGAUUACCAACGACUUCUUCAAGUGGCUCAAAACAAUCGAAGGCUAUGCAGCGCUACACUCCUCCAGGCUCAUCUUCUGCAAGUUCUUCGACUCAAAUAUCUCAAAACUUGAGCCAGAUACCAUCAAACACCACGAGUGGAAAUGGUAGUACCAAAUCAGUACAGGUCCAAGGGAACAGUACAAACAGUACUAUAGCUCCACCACCACCAGUCUCUAACUGGGUCUUGUUCGGAGUACAAGGCUCACGUUGGUCCCUCGAACUCGAACAUAUUGGGAUAUCGAACCUUAUCAACGAUCCUACUUUCUUUUCAGAACUAAAGUCUAGGUACAAACGGCAUCGUGGUUGGACCAGGUUCUUAUUAUCGCCUUUUCGCUUCCGCUUCUGUCGCUUCGUCAAAUUCGAGAAGUUUGAUGCUAAUCGCAUCCUGUCCCACGGCGAAGACCUCCCAGACUACCAUGGUUUCGAACACGACUACGAGUACGCUCCAAGGCCCGGCAAGAACCCGCUCAUCAACCCCAAGACGUUCGCUGUCUGUCUCAACGCUUGUGGCGCAUCCUGUAUCUGGCCGCUCCUCAACCCAUGGCACGAUUGUGUCAAACUCCCCCGCCGUUGCGAUAAACUGCGAUGCAUUCCCAAGAAGAAGAGCGAGUUUGAUGUUGACUCUGAAGAUGUCGAGAUUGUUGCAUGGGGUCUGGAGGCUGACUAUGCACUGUCGUUUGCAUUUCUCGCGGCCUAUCAUUUGGUGCCUAUAUUUGCCGCGUUGGGGUUCUGGGUUUAUUGGUUGUGGACACAUCCUGGAGACUUGCAGAACUCGUCUGUUCCGAUCUUCACGGUGUUGGCGCUGUUUGCUGCAUUUUGGAUGAUGUUUGGGAAACAUCUUGGGAUGGGGUGAUUGUUCAGGCAGAAUGUCUUUGGAGCCGUGUUAUUGCUUGGGCUUUCGAACACGCACACACACUAACACAUCGGGCAGCUAGCUUAUUAAAGACAUUACUUCGUUCUGCUUCGCAGUUGCU